UUUGAUUGUUGGAUUUGAUGGGCCAGCAUAUUCACCAGCAGUGCAAAGGCUAGCAGUGCAAACUAAAAGCUAUUGAAUAAUACUAACUAUAGGCUCCUUUUCUUUCUUGUCAAUGGAUGGGACUAUGAAUAUGAUUGAAGUGUAGGUUUUCCUUCCUAGACAGACAGCAUGAACACACAUUAAGGCCAGUACUUAAUAUUUUGUUCGCAGUUUUCUAUGGCCUGUCAAUAAGUGCAUAGGUAAUGCUUAUCUUCCAGGUCAUAUGUCUUGGUUGUUAUGAAACUGUCAUGUGAUUGCUCACAAAUAGAUUGAUAUGUUCUUGAUUACAUGCCUAACAGUAUAUACCCUUGGAUCUGUCUAUACUGCUCAUAAUUUAUAAUCAGUGAUAUUAAAAAUCUUAUAAUUUAACUACUUGGUCUGAUGCUCUUUUGAUUUCCUGAUAUAUUCUGUGAUAAAACAUAUUGUGCCAAAUAACUGACACACCAGAUUUGCCUUGCAUACAGCCUUCCUCAUGCAAAUGUUGCUGUAUGCUAUCAUUUACAGAUAAGUGUGUCCCAGGCUACAAGAUAUGCCACUGAAGGGGAGGCUGUCAUGCAGCAUAAGCAUGUUUAAAUAAACUAGAGCAGACAACAUCAUCUGAACCUGCCAUUUCACCUCUCCUGUGAUCCCUGUUAGUCACCAUGUCAGAUGCCACCACUAUGCUGAAGCAUUGCUGUCGCGGCCUGGCCUCCGACCGGCUGAAGGAGCGGCGCGAGAGUGCUUCACAGCUGCGCGACCUGCUCAACAACGAGCAGCUGUGCGCCCUGCUGGACGCCGGCGGCCGCGACCGGGACCAGCUCACUUGGACCUAUGUGCUGGCCAGCGUCAUCACGCACUUCCAGAAGGAGAUGACCAAGGCGGAGGGUGACGCGCGCGCCGGCAAGAACGCGGCCACGCGCGAGCAGCUGAAGAAGAUGUACCAGCUGGUGGUGGACGCGGUCGACGAGCGCAGCCACCGCAGUCACAUCGUCGGCGGCGCCGGUGCGACCGACCACAGCCUGCCGCGGUGCUGGGUGCGCCUCUUCAGCCGGGUGGCGUACCUGCUGUUCGAGGGGGAGGACACGGUGUUGGACAUCACGCAGGUGCCGAGCGGCUCGACCAGCGACGGCCGGCCGGCCAAGCGCCGCCGCCUGGAGUCCAUGAUGCGUCGGCGGGUCGCCCGGCCCGGGCGGCUGUUUCUUGAGCUGUACCUGCAGCGCGCCGCGCCGCCCAGUGCGCCCGCCGUGCGCUCGCUGGUGGAAUUCCUGCGCGGCUUUGCCGUGCCGCAGCCGGCCGGCCCGGCCGCCGACCGCCUGGAGACGCGCGCGACCCUCAUCGACUGGCUGCUGACGGCGGAGGUGGAGGCGCGCGCCGUAGCGGAGGCGCUGGCCCGACUCGUGCUGCGCGAUAACACAGCCGAGCUGGCGCUGCCCGCGUGCGACGCCGCCUGCCGAGCGGCGGCGCUGUUGCGGCUCUGGUGCGACUGCGGGCUCCUCUCGGCCGCAGAGCUGGCGUCUGGGGCGGCGCCGGCCGGCAGUCUGCGUGCGCUCACCACCUCGCUUCUGCUGGCGGCCGCCGGCGAGCUGGACGCCGGCUCGCCCUCCGUCGUCGCCCCCCUUCUCGGCGACCUGCGGGACCUGUUCGCGACGCAGGCGGCGGCGUGCCUGCGUCUCGUGCGGGACGACACCGGCCGCCUAGUGCCACCCGGGCGGCGCGACGAGUCGUCCGGCUUGACGAGCGGCUCUUCCAGUGGUCAGAUCGACGUGGAUUUCGAAAUAUUGGAGACGACCGGCGCGGCUGAGGCGGCCGCCGGCGACGAUUGCGUGCUGGAGAUGCCGCUGCAUGAGCUGGAACAGGCGCGACUGCUGGCCUGCACCAUGCUCACCACCUUCGUCACAAUGGACACUGCUGACAAGGUCGAGCUGUCGGAGGGGACCGUGCCCGGCGAGGUGAUCUCGGCGCUGUUGGACGCCGUGUUGGAUGGACGGCUGCAGGUCGGCUUCCCGGGCGACGCUCGCAUCGCCAUGCACCUGCUGACGACCCUGCCGUCGGCCGGCACGCUGAACGCCGGCCAUGUCGGCUCGUUCAGCGAGCUUCUGCUGCUGGUGUGCCGCGAGUGGCCGCGUGACGCCCGCGUCAACCGCGCGGUGCUGGACGUGAUGGCCGGGGGUUAUGUGCAGCUGGUGGGACGGCUUGGCUCGGACCGCGACCGCACGGACGCCAUGAAGUUCACGACCGUCAUGCAGCGCAAGGCGGAGAUGGCGCGCUUCGGGGAGCGCGGCAUGCUGUCUCACUUGCGCUUGCUGGCGGCGCUGCCAGUGUUCGAGGCGCGCGAGCGCCAGCCGGCCGCCGACGGCGCGACGCCGCCGCUGGACGACAUGUUCAGCCUCGUGUACACUGCCGGCAUGCAGUGCGUGGCGCCGGCCGGCGCUCAGCUGGACGAGUUGUCGCGCUUGGACGACGCGCCCAACCGCGCCGCGGUGUCGCGGCUGCAUGACGUACCAGCCGAGAUGGUGCUGCGCGCGCUGCGACACCUUGCGGCCGCACUCGGGCUGGCCUCGCCGCGCCGGCUGCUGGCCGCGCACCUCGACUUUGUGGUCGCGCGCUGGCUGGCUGUGCCGCUGCGCAUCCUGGAGUUUCCCCACCGGCUGCUCGAGUACUCGUCCCCGGCCGAGUUCCUGACGGCGCAGCUGGGCUGCGUGACGGUGUCCGUGAUGACGGCGCUGUUCCGCGGACACGGCGCGCGCCCAGAGCGCAUCGACGCCUGUCUGCGCUACGCCGCAGACCAGAUGUACCACUGCAGCGUGGUGAAGAGCCUCCGCCGGCCUGAGGACGGCCUGCAGCGCCUGCUGCUCGAGCUCGCGGACGACGUGGCGGCGCGCGUUUACUGUGCGCUGCUUGGCCUGCUGGCCGACGAGUUUGCGCACCUGGAGCGGAUGCGGCUGUUCGUUAUGCGUGACGUGACGGCGUUCCUGCUGGCCGACGCCGACGUGGCCGUGGUGCGCGCUGCCGGGUACGCACUGCGCGCCGUGCUGGCGGACCCUGGCGGCGCGCGCGCGCUCAAGCUCCUCGCUGCCACGCUUCCCGGCCUGGCCGAGCAGCUGCAUCCGUUUCAGGUCACGCGGCGCGCGCUGCCGCGUCCCAAGCCGCUGCCGACGAGCGAGGCGCUGCGCAUGGUCGACUCGCCAGCGCUGUGGAUGCCCGAGCACGGGGAGUACGAGCCCUGGCUGCUGGAGCUCACCGUGACGCUUCUAGCCGUCGGCGUUCCGACGAGCCCGGAGCUGGCCGCCUACGCGCCGCUCUGCCGCGUCAAGGGCGCCGACUUCUGCCGCGAGCUCCUGCCGUACGCCACCAGGGCGGUGCUGCUGUCGAACAAGGAGCUGCGCGCGGCCGUCAGCCGCUGGGUGAACGGUCUGCUGCAGGAGCACCGUAGCCUCCGCCAGCGGGAGAGCAGUGCCGUCGCCUCGACGCCGACGCCGACUCCGGCGACGGCGCCGAGUCUGGCAGCCGACCCACGCUGCCUGCAGACGCUGCUGGACGUGGUGCUGUACCUGCGCCGGCAGCCUUUGCCGGGCGGCGAGCAGCCCGACUGGGCAUGGGAGCGUCACUUCUGGCUGGACCUGCGGCUGCCGGCGGCGGCGUGCGCCGCGCUCCGCUGCGGUCGCUUCUGCGAGGCUGUCCUGCUGGCCGAGGUCUCCUGCUACGCCGAGCAGCGCGGCGACCGGCCGCUGCUGGACCGCUCGCCUGAGAGCGAGGAGCUGCGCGCACUGCUGCGCGAGGCGCAUGUCCAGCUGGGCGACGUGGACGGCGUGGCGGCGCUGCGCUCGGGCGGCGGCGACGCGCGUGGCCAGCUAGUGCAUCUGGAGCAGCAGGAGGAGUGGCUGCGGUCGCUCAGCGCGUACGACGGGCUGGCGGCCGAGCGGACGGCGGCAGUGCAGAGCGGCAUGUUACGCUGCCUGGCAGAGCUGGAGCUGUUCAGCACGGCGCAGACGCAGCUGCGCGGCCUGACGGUGGAGCUGGGCCACCCGGACACGCUGCCUGCGCACUUGUUGGAGGCCAGCUGCGAGCUGCAGCUGGCGCAGCUCAGGGUGCUGUACGCCGGCUGGCUGUCGGAGGUGCAUGCUGAGAGUCCGCAGGCCGUGCUGAAGCAGCACCUGGCGCCGGCCAUCGAGCAGCUGGAGCGGUACUCGGCAGCCGACGGUGUGGGAGCGGAAGGGGCGCUGCUAGACGCCCACCACCUAGUCGGCCAGUACGCCGACGUCCAGUUUCAGCGCGUCGAUGAGAUCGUCUCGUCGCCGGCCUUCGCCGACAAGCGCGCCGAGGCAACGCGCAUGCGCGAAGAGGCCGAGGAGUUCCAGCGGCACUCGGCCGACGCGACCAAACCCACGCUUGAACGCAAGGACUUGGCGCGCCAGCGCCAGCACCUAUUACGCUCGGCCGAGCUGGACGAGUCGGAGCUGCGACAGCAUGAGGAGGAGCGCGCCUCGUUCCAGCGCCAGGCCGUGGCCAGCUAUGUGCGCUGCCUGCAGCUGGGCGACCGGCGCGACCUGCUGAUGUACCGCGUGGUGGCGCUGUGGCUGGCCGACGAGUCGGACCAAGUGUGCAAGCAGCUGGGUCCGGCGGCGCCGCGGCUCGCCUCGCACAAGUUUGUGCCGCUGCUACAGCAGCUGGCGGCGCGGCUAGGCCGGCCGCGCUGGCACUCCGGCUCAGCGGAGCUGCUGCAGCAGCUGCUGGAACGCUGCGCCUCUGAUCACCCACACCACACGCUGCCCCGCACUGCGGCCGCGACGCGACUCGUGGCACGUCUGCGCGAGCGUGACGCCCUGGCCGACCACGUGCGCCAGCUGGAGGCGGCCAGCCGUGCGCUUAUACAGCUGGCCAACCACGUGCACAACGGCGGCGGGUCCAGUCAGGGCCGCGUGCCGGCCGCGUGCGGCCUGCCACUGGACGCCCUGCCGGCCGUCGCCGUGCAGACGGUCCCGCUCCCCGUGCGGCCGGACGGCGACUACACGGCCGCCGCCAGCGUCGUGCGCUGGGACGACAAGUUCAGCAUGGUGGGCGGCUUGAACGCGCCCAAGAAGCUGCGCUGCCUCGGCAGCGAUGGCCGCUGGCGGCCGCAGCUGCUCAAGGGCCGCGACGACCUGCGCCAGGACGCCGUGAUGCAGCAGGUGUUCUCCGUGCUGAACCUGCUGCUGGCGGAGAGCGCGGCGCCCGGCCAGCAGCGGCUCGCCAUCCGCACGUACAAAGUCGUGCCGCUGUCGCAGCGUUCGGGCCUGAUCGAGUGGUGCGUGGACACGCAGCCGCUGGCCGAGUACCUGACCGGCGGCGGCCGCGGCGGAGCGCACGAGCGCUACCGGCCCGACGACAUGACGACGGCUCAGGCGCGCGCCGCCAUGACCGCCGCCGCCAAGAAGACGCCCGAGAGCAAGCGGCGCGCCUUCGAUGAGGUGUGCGCGCGCCUGCGGCCCGUGUUCCGCCACUUCUUCCUGGAGCGCUUCCCGGAGCCGUGCGCGUGGUUCGAACGGCGCUUCGCAUACACCAACAGCGUGGCUACGUCCUCGAUCUCGGGAUACGUGCUCGGCCUCGGUGACCGGCACGUCAGCAACAUUCUCAUCGACCAGGCGUCGGCCGAGGUGGUGCACAUCGACCUGGGCGUGGCGUUCGACACGGGCCGCCUGCUGCCCACCCCGGAGACGGUGCCUUUCCGCCUCACCCGCGACCUGGUGGACGGCAUGGGCGUGGCCGGCGUCGAGGGCCGCUUCCGGCGCUCGUGCGAGCGCACGCUGGCCGUGCUGCGUGAGAGCCGCCAGCUGGUGCUGACCAUCGUGCGCGUGCUGCUGGACGACCCGCUGUACGCGUGGACGCUCACCGCCGACAAGAUGGCGCGCCUCCAGCAGCGGCGCGUGAAGCGCGUGGUCGACAACCGGCAGGCGGAGCGGGCGCUGGCGCGGCUGGACGAGAAGCUACGCGGGCAGGAGAUGGGUCGGCUGAUGGACUGCGCCGCUCAGGUGGGCCACCUGAUCCAGCAGGCGCGCGACCCCGACAACCUGUGCCGACUCUUUAGUGGCUGGCAGGCUUACCUGUAGGCGGGUGACUGUGUGGCGCCGGACAGGGCGGAG